AUUGAAGUUGAAGCCAUCGACCACCGAUCCAUCUCUCUCCCUCUCUCUCUCUCUCUGCGACUGCCGGCCAUGGCCCUUCUGGUUCGAAACUCCCAGCGAAUGGCUCUAAUCGCAUCGCAACAGCGGGCCGCGGCGGCGGCGGCAAUCCACACAUCCAUCCCUUCUCUAUCUCCGGCGUCGCAGCCCGCUCCCUACGCGCGCCCGUCCCCGCCCUCUGCGGCCUCCUCGACGGGCUUGUCCAAGGCCUCGGAGUACGUGAUCUCGAAGGUCGACGAUCUCUUGAACUGGGCUCGCCGCGGUUCCAUCUGGCCCAUGACCUUCGGCCUCGCCUGCUGCGCCGUGGAAAUGAUGCACACCGGCGCCUCCCGCUACGACUUGGAUCGCUUUGGCGUCAUCUUUAGGCCCAGCCCCCGCCAGUCCGACUGUAUGAUCGUCGCCGGCACUCUCACCAAUAAGAUGGCCCCUGCCCUUCGCAAGGUUUAUGACCAAAUGCCGGAGCCAAGGUGGGUUAUCUCAAUGGGAAGCUGUGCAAAUGGUGGGGGGUACUACCACUACUCAUACUCUGUGGUUCGGGGUUGUGACCGAAUUGUCCCAGUUGACAUCUAUGUUCCUGGUUGCCCACCUACAGCCGAGGCCUUGCUUUACGGAAUCCUCCAGCUGCAGAAGAAGAUCAACAGGCGCAAGGAUUUCCUUCAUUGGUGGACUAAGUAAGGUGUCAUUGUAGCUUUCUACCUUGCAAUGAUUAUGAAAGAAUAAAAACUAAACUGUGCUAGCUGCUAGCUUUCCUUGGAAUGGAAGGGCCCAACAAAGUGGUACCUUGGCUUGUAAUUCCUUACAGUUGAAGAUGUCGCCCACCAAGCACCUCGCGGUGUUUUUAUGCCUAUUUUGUGAAGUAAGCAUUUGCUUUUAAUGUCCUCCCCUCCCUCCCCCCCUCCUAUUGGGCACAAAAUCUGCUGAACAUCCUUUUUUUAAGUUGAGGCUUGUAUCGUUGUGUA